GUCAUGUAUGUAGAACCAUAGGUCAUGUUGCAUUUUCCCGCGCUUGUUAGUAAGAAGGAGGAUAGAGAGAUGAACUUGGCUUCUCUUUUUUCUUCCCUCAAAAGACGCUUCCGUUGUUAGAGAUAGAUAGAGAUUAGAGACAGAGAGUCAGCGAGAGGAAAAGGGAAUAAAUUUUGGAAGCUUAAAAGGCGCUUCUUUGCCGGAUUUCUUGAUUCGCCGCCGGAGGGCUGUCGUUGUUUCUGGGCGAUUGCGGAGCUAGGGUUUUGUGGUGGAUGGAUCUGGAAAUCAGCUGAGAUUUUGAAGACGUUCUUGAUUCGGGAGUACUGCAGCCGACAGACAAUCUGUUAUCAUUUCCACCAGCUUCAGAUAUGGAAGAUAUAUCGUCUUCAACUGCAGUGUCCAUUGAUCUUCAGAGUGAUGGAGGGCAAAAUGAUGCCAUCGAAGUACGGUUCAUGGCGCUAUGCAAGAGUGCCUUAUCUUUGGAGGAGAAUGCUUAUGCACAGGCCAUUAAGAUUUUCAAAGAGACAAAGUAUCUGACAUCGUCAAACACUUCAGCAGUUGGGAGCGGAACGCCUGAAGAAAUCGAAAGAUUUUUGUCUGCAUUUGUAUUAUACUCUGUCAAGAGGCUGUUGGAGUCUACUGGAGAUAAGGAGCACCGCGAGCAGCUGUCCCAUGACAAUGGAUUGACUUUGUGCCGGAUAUUGAGAUCCGUGAAGCUGAACUUUUUGGACUUCUUCAAAGAGCUGCCUCAAUUUGUCGUUAAAGCUGGCCCUGUGCUGUGUAAUCUCUAUGGUGCGGACUGGGAGAAGAGACUCGAGGUACUGAUUCUGAAGAUAAACAUGUGUGUUCUGUUUGAUGUUAACAGGCACUACAAGCGUGCGUAUCAGGAACUUUUUUGGGCAAAUGAUACAAGUGGUGGUGACAAGGAACCACCAGUUUCCAGUACCAUGUCAUUUUCCUCGGACUUUUAUCGUUUUGGAUGGUUGCUCUUUCUGUCCCUCCGAGUCCAUGCAUUGAGUCAUGUUAAGGACCUAGUGACUUCCAUAAAUGGAUUGAUUUCUGUGCUGGCUAUUUUGAUUAUGCAUCUCCCUGUUCAGUUCAGGAAAUUGAGCUUGAAGGAUGAAGGGUGGUUUGCUAAGAGAGGCGAGAAGGGCGUUCAUUUGCUUGCAUCCCUCUGUCAGAAGUAUGAUACAUCAGAGGAUGUCCUCAAGCAAAUGAUGGAGAAGACCAAUAGUUUAAUAGCAGAGAUCUUGAAGGUACAACCUCAGGUGGCCUCUGAGUGUGAAAGUGAAAGCUUGAUAGACAUUGAUACAGAGGGUUUGAUAUAUUACAAAGGUUUGAUGGAGGAAUCUUGCCUGAAAACAAGUUUGAAUACCUUGGAGAAGGAUUACAAUGAGGCACUCCAUCAGAACGGUGAUCUGGAUGAGAGAAUUUUCAUCGACGAGGAUGAUAGCUUACUUGGUUCAGGAAUUGCAUCUGGGAGUACCAGCGAUAAUUUAACGGGAACUAAGAGAAAAUUUGAUCCAAUAUCUUCACCAGCAAGAAUGAUGACAAGCCCACUUUCUCCUUUCCGUUCUCCUCCACCUGGAAGUCUAUCUGGUGCAGUCUCUAGGAUGGCUCCGACACCUGUAACCGCAGCAAUGACAACAGCAAAAUGGCUCAGAACAGUAGUAUCUCCAUUGGUGCCUAAUCCAUCACCAAAACUGGGGCGCUUCCUUGCAUCAUGUGAUAGGGAUGUGACAAAUGAGGUGGUUCGAAGAGCACUGAUAAUAUUAGAAGCUAUAUUCCCGAGUAGUGCUCUGGGAGAGCGUUGUUUGACUGGAAAUCUCCAGACUACUAACCUCAUGGAUAACAUAUGGGCAGAGCAAAGAAGAUUAGAAGCUCUCAAACUAUAUUACAGGGUUUUGGAGGCAAUGUGUACUGCAGAGGCCCAGAUAUUACAUGUGGCUAAUCUGACAUCUUUGUUGACCAAUGAAAGGUUCCAUAGAUGCAUGCUUGCAUGCUCUGCUGAACUAGUUUUGGCAACACAUAAGACUGUUACGAUGUUGUUUCCUGCUGUACUGGAGAGAACUGGCAUUACAGCUUUUGAUCUCAGCAAGGUGAUAGAGGGUUUCGUCAGGCAUGAAGAUUCUCUUCCUAGAGAAUUGAGGAGGCAUUUAAAUUCCUUGGAAGAACGACUUUUGGAGAGUAUGGUCUGGGAAAAGGGUUCUUCAUUGUACAAUUCUCUCACAGUUGCAAGACCUGGACUUUCUGCUGAGAUCAGUCGCCUUGGGCUACUGGCAGAGCCCAUGCCAUCUCUGGAUGCAAUUGCCAUCCACAUGAACCUUUCUUCAGCAGGCCUGCCCCCCAUUCCUCCUUCACAGAAGCAUGAGAGUUCUGCAGUUUCAGGUCAAAAUGGAGAUAUUAUGUCUCCAAAGAGACCUUGCACAGAGUACAUGAGUGUUUUAGUAGAGCGGAAUUCCUUUACAUCACCAGUAAAAGAUCGCUUACUCGCCCUCACUAAUCUUAAGUCAAAGCUUCCACCGCCUGCACUGCAAUCUGCAUUUGCCAGUCCAACCCGUCCAAGUCCUGGAGGAGGAGGUGAAACAUGCGCCGAAACAGGGAUCGACAUAUUCUUUGGGAAGAUAAAUAAGCUGGCUGCUGUCAGAGUCAAUGGCAUGAUUGAAAGGCUACAACAGUCACAACAGCACAUAAGAGAGGAUGUGUACAGUCUAUUUCAGCAAGUACUCAUCCAACGCACAUCUCUCUUCUUUAAUCGCCACAUUGACCAAAUCCUCCUUUGCUGUCUCUACGGAAUUGCUAAGAUAUCAAAAGUAGAGUUGACUUUUAGGGAAAUCAUUUACAACUAUAGGAAGCAGCUGCAGUGUAAGCCACAUGUAUUUCGCAGUGUAUAUGUUGACAGGCCAACAACACGCCACAAUGCAAGGACAGGGCAGGAUCAUGUAGAUAUAAUUGCGUUUUACAAUGAAAUUUUCGUCCCUGCUGCGAAACCUCUGCUCGCAGAAAUUAGUUCAGCUGGAACAAGUACAAAAGCUGAUCAAGGCGUCGAGGUCAAUAGUAAAAAAGAUGGUCAAUGUCCAGCAUCACCUAAAGUAUCUCCAUUUCCAAGCCUCCCUGAUAUGUCCCCAAAGAAAAUAUCAGCGGUUCAUAAUGUCUACGUCUCUCCACUGCGAACUUCCAAGGUGGAUGCUUUGGUAUCACAUGCUUCCAAAAGCUACUAUGCUUGCGUUGGUGAAAGCACUCAUGCUUAUCAGAGCCCAUCCAAAGACCUGGCUGCCAUCAACAACCGAUUGAAUGGCAACCGGAAGGCAAAAAUGUCACUUGCAUUUGAUGGCGCCGAUGUUGGACUGGUGAGUGAUUCCAUAGUAGCUAACAGCCUCAACCUUCAAAAUGGAAAUCAUACAACAUCCGCAGGCGCUCCUUUGAAAACCGAGCAACCUGAAUCUUAGACUCUGUUUGGUCUCCUGCACUUGGGGCUCUCUGCUGUAAAUUCGCUAGUUUGCUCACCCAGGUGCUUCUGCUAGUUUUUGGUAUACUUUAACUACGGCGACAGUAGUAAGGCCGGGGGAGAUGAGGUAUGAGCGGUUGAGUUUAUUGUUGUAGAGUGGCCGCCACCAUCUUCUCCAGUGUUUUCGUCUUCACUGUUAGGUAGAGAUGAACGUAUCGAUUUAAUAAAAACUAUACGUUAAGCGCUCAUAAGAUCCUGCUGUUUGUAAUUUAUGUCUGGUGUUUACUUAAGCAGUGAGC